GGCCGUGGAGGGAGUUGCUCCCAAAAACCCAAUGUCCAGUCUCAGCUGCCUGGCGAACUACCGAGCGCUCUAUCGGGCUUACCGGAAGACUUCACGACACCCUCGUCCGCCGAUCCCUCGGCCUAUCAACUCCCAACUCAGGUCGCUCGUCAAUGCUGGACUGAAGGACCAGCAGCUCGAGUCGGUCAUCAGAUACCUCGUCUCCAGUAAUCUCCAUCAGGAACUCGUUCGUCGGUAUAAUCCUGCUGAUGAUCUGACGGAACCAGAACGCUUGAAGGCAACUGUGAACCGGGUCGGAUUAAAUAUGCCGAAGACCAUGGACCUCGAGACACCGUUAUAACAAACUUUAGCUACCCAUGAUUUCUGAGAUAUAGCCAACCCGUUUGAUCAGCGUAUUGUGACCAAACGAACCCAAACAUGUGCACCCGCGAAAUGCGUAUCUUGCAUCCAGUGGCUCUCGACGCCAAAUAUCCCUGAUCGAUGUGCAAACCUUCUAGCCCGUUGUUGUCCUAUAGUAUGACAACUAACGCCAUAAAGAUUUUUUCGUCGUUAAGGUCAUCAUAGCACGCGCUGAGGGAAGUCACAAGCUAGGCGGUUUAUGAUAGGCGUUUGUAUCGCCGCCACUUGUCUAGCAGACGAACAGAACUUGAAUCGAUGACUUGAUUCCUAUAGAGUCUAAUAAAACACUCAUGAGCAAUCUGCCCCCUCCAAUCCGACUUCAGGCCACAGGCUUCUCCUCAAAACAAAAAUCGGCAAUUGUAGCCCCCCUCCAUCAUUACUCGAAUGAUCAGAAUACAACCCAAG